UUUUUGACCAGCAGACGGAGAGGAGUGCUGGCGCUGCCGCUGCCGCUCCGGCAGCGUGUGUGUGUGUGUGGACAGGAUGGUGUAUCUGUAGCUGCCCCGCGCAAGCACGCGUUUGACCAUGAGGACUCUUCGCAGGUUGAAGUUCAUGAGUUCGCCCAGCCUCAGUGAUCUGGGCAAGAGAGAGCAGGCAGCCUUGGAUGAGCGGGGGAGCCAGCAGCGCCGGGCCUGCUCCAACGCCACCUGGAACAGUAUCCAUAAUGGAGUAAUAGCAGUGUUCCAGCGGAAAGGUCUCCCGGACCAUGAGCUCUACAACCUCAAUGAAGGAGUCAGGCAAUUAUUGAAAACAGAACUGGGAUCCUUUUUCACUGAAUAUCUACAGAAUCAGCUGCUUACAAAAGGCAUGGUGAUCCUAAGGGACAAGAUCCGGUUUUAUGAAGGGCAGAAACUACUGGAUACCUUAGCUGAAACCUGGGAUUUUUUCUUCAGUGAUGUCCUGCCCAUGCUUCAGGCUAUUUUCUAUCCUGUGCAGGGGAAGGAACCCUCCGUUCGGCAGCUGGCUCUUCUGCACUUUAGGAAUAUCAUUACCCUCAAUAUUAAAUUGGAUGAUGCGCUGUCACGUUCCAGAGCCAGAGUUCCACCUUCUAUUAUCCAGAUGCUGUUAAUACUCCAGGGGGUUCACGAGUCGAAAGGUGUGACUGAGGAUUAUUUGAAACUGGAAUCCCUAAUCCAGAAAGUUGUUUCUCCUUACCUGGGCACAUACGGUCUGUAUUCCAGUGAUGGACCCUUCACACACGCUUCUUGUAUUUUGGAGAAGCGGUACUUCAGGCGCUCCAAGUCGGGUGACAUCCUUGCCAAGAACCCCGUGGUGAGAUCGAAAAGCUACAACAACCCGCUCUUGACACCGGUAGCUGAGUACGAGACCGAGGCCAUAGCUGCCAACGGCACGGGCAUCCGGAGGCACUCUGUGUCCGAGAUGACCUCCUGCCUGGAGCUCCAGGGAUACUCCAAUCUCACCACUAUCAUGGACAGCGGUUCCAAGAGCUCCAUGACGGCCACAAAGAACUCGCUCUCAGGAGACCAGGAAAGGGCCAGUGCUGGUUCAGUGCAAUGUUCUAGCAAACUCAACACAGCUGAGCAACAGAAAGGACUGUUUCACUCUAUGGAUGACCCACAUAGGUCUUUUGAGCUGGACAGGGACCCUGCCUUGAUUCCAGUUCCUUCUUCCAGCCCUGAGAAUAUAGUGGAUCAGAUUUUGGAGUCUAUCGACUCUGAUUCUGAAGGUAUUUUCAUAGAUUUUGGCCGAGGCUGUUCCAGUUCGUCAGCCUAUAAUGUGGACGUGAACAGACAGAGCAUCAUGUGAAGGUGACAUGGGGGACAACAGAUCUCGGGUAUUAAUAUAUAAUAUAUGGAAGUUACU